CAAUAUCCAUCCCUUUCCCAACCAUUCACAAACAUCAGUCAACUUCUCCUCCUUUUCCAUCCCCUGAUUUUGAUCAUGCAUCUGCUCUAGACACCCCAUUAUCCUCUCUCCCUCCCCGCCCCACUCGCCUCCAUCUCCCCCAAACCUACCAUUCCCUCGUCGUCCUGUGUCCGGACGGCGGGCGGAACAACUCUGCUCCCAUCACCACCUUCUUCGUCAUCUUCAAGAAUCGAGUAGCGACGUUUACGUCCCGUUCCAUCGCCCAUCAUGGCGCCUGCAAUGAAACCUUUCCAGCUUCUCGAAAUAAACAUAAUUUCGGGGCAGGAUUUGGAGCCCGUUGCCAGGAAAAUGCGAACGUACGCCAAGGCGUGGGUGCAUCCGAACCGGAAGCUUUCGUCGUGUGUCGACAAGGAGGGGAACAAUAACCCUACAUGGAAUGAUAAGUUUGUUUUCAGGGUGGAAGAGGAGUUUCUCAGAGAAGAUAGCUCCGCAGUCAUGAUUGAGAUCUAUUCGGCGCAUUGGUUACGCGAUGUUCUUGUUGGCACGGUUCGUGUGCUCGUCGGCAACCUUAUUCCCCCGCCUGUGCGGACCCAUCAGAACAACUCGCAUUACAUGGGCAUGCGCUUCGUUGCACUUCAGGUACGUCGUCCGUCAGGGCGUCCACAGGGAAUACUGAACAUUGGUGUGGCCUUACUCGACGGAUCUCUGAGGAGCAUGCCGUUGUACAGACAACUGAGCAGUUCAGCUGUCGGAUACCGUGAUCUGAUGCAGCAUCCACCAGUUCAUCUGCAGGUACAGGAAAAUGACACUAAGAACAACAAAGAGCAGCAGCAGGCUCCUGCUCUGAAGCCUAUACUGCGCAGGUCAAGAAGUGAACGCAGCGAACGUGUGAUAUUCAAUGACUUUUCCCCCAGGAGUUCAAUGGUUGCGGUGCCAACACAGAUGGGAACUAAAGAAGGUAGUUCCGUUAUCACCGUCUCAGAAUCGGUUGAUCCAUUUAAAGGGGGAAAAAAGAAAGGCAAGGCUAGUUCAGUGAUCAGUGGAGCAGAGCUCCGAGAGAAGCCGAAGCAAAAGGGCAAGAAGGGCAAGGCAAGUUCAGUGGUGAGUGACUCGAUCGUGAGCAAAGGGUCGUCGACCUUUUACAAGAAUGAUACGCGUAAUUUAAAGAAUAAAGACACAGAAAAUGAGGGUAAAGACAACAGGGGUGAUAAAAAACUUGGCUCUCCUGAAAAAGCUAAGGUGGUUGAUGAGAAAUCAGUUGGAAUUAAGGGUGUCCAGAAUUCGGGUUCACCUAAACACAAGGCUGUAAUACCAACCAUUUUGAAGCCUAAUGGUGCACAAAAGGGGCCAUUGCCAAUAGGGAAGCCAGUGAUUGGGGCACCCUUCAAAGGUAACUCAAUUGUGUCCGACUCCGAGGUUGGGCCCUCACCGUCUGAGGUGGCGGCCGCAUUGGCUCAAAGGAGAUAUCUUCAAGAUGACAAUCAAAGCUCUGUCUUGGACGGUUGGAGCUUGGAUGAGAGUGUUGAAGGGCUUAGGUCAAAGCUGGAGAGGUGGCGAACGGAGCUACCGCCAUUGUACGAUAAUGGCUUCUCGACGAGCAGCUACAAGUCAUCUGGCGGCCAACAUGGCCGUAGGCACAGCGAUGGUGGAAGCGGCCUGUUCUCAUGCUUCGGCAACAUAUGUGGAUAUGAGUGCCAAUGCAUCUGCGGUAAGCCUCCCGGGAAACGGAACCAAUCUAGGUUCGCUGCAUCGUCUGUUGGCUCCCCAGGUCGAUCAAUACUUUGAGAACGAAUCAUUAAAAUUAUGAAACACGUCUUUUUUCGCUCUAUUUCUUGCUAAGUAUAUGCCAAGGGGUGCUUAAUUUCCGACUACACACGUACUACUAAUCUUGACAAUGAGGGUUUUCUCAUCGGCAUUUGGUUUUCACUUGGUGAUUAACUACAAAACAUGUUCAUCAUCAAGGACAUGUACCGAUGGAAGUUUAGAGGUUUUUGAGUAUACGAGGUAUUAUUAUAAGUCAUGGAUGCUAUAUGGUUCAAGGUUGUUGGAGCAAGUUCAUAACUAGGCCGGCCUUCCCUCAAUUAGUUAUUUGUUUUCAUGCUUAAUUUCCCUUAAUUCAUACAUUUCUAUGUUCUUUUAGUGUAAGUUGUAAGUUAAAUUCUUGAAUACUUUGAUUUUGUUAUACCUUUUUAAUCUGCA